AUAGAGUACAUAAUACUUGUGUCCUUGUGGUCACAUAUGGACGGUAAAUCAUUGUCCUUCGCUUUCAACGACGAGUCUGUCUUCAUCUUCGAUAAUACAAGGAGUAAGAAGUUGACCCAUCCGCUUGAUCUUUCCGUGUCUUGCAAAAAAAAGUGCAUCAACCUCCGAUUAAUGCGUUGAAGUAGUAUUUCUUUCCUUUGGCGUGUCAAACAACAUCGUUCUCUGAUACGCCAUCUAUAUGCUAAUGAGUCGAUGGUCGAAUCUUCGUGCAUAACAGUUUUUGGUGACUUGGGAUCCGCAGGUAUGCUCGUCAGAGAUGCUACUAAUCAUGUUGCCUAGCUCCGCCUAUUCUCUCUUCAGACCCUCGAUGUCGGCAGGUGCGGACAGAUCAACUCACUAAUCCCUUGCCGUUUCUGCACCUAUCAGCCUACAAAUGUAUCCUAGCCGAGGCGUCGAUAGAAAUAGCUCUUUGUUGCCUUCCAUAGCCAUAUGUGGCUACCGGAUACUCCAAGCCCCCGGAAAUUCAUACACGCCCUUAUGGACUGAGCAUUAUUUUCGUCAGAAUAAGGUAUAUAUAAGCAUCUCCUGCUCAAGUAACUCCUUUUUACCCAUCAUAAUUCUGCCCUAAUUUCGAAACACAUCUGUCGAACAGUUUCCAUACUCGAAUUACUGUCAUGCGUUUCACUUCGAUUCUCGUUGCCGCUCUUCUGCUGUUUGUCGGAUCAGUCUUCGCCUCCCCCUUCAGCGACCCAGCCUCCAAGGCAAUCGUUGACGCUAAAUCGAAGACGCCUUCAGUGAGAGAGAUCAACUACGUAGAUGUCCUUUCCCAACUUGAUGACUCCAUCGGACUUCCACUAUGUGCUCCACGCGCGUGAUCUUACCGAUGACGUUUCAAAGCUUUUGGCGGCUAUCGUUGAAGACCUGAACUCCCUCCUUUCUCCCAUCGUGGGUCUUCUCUCCCAGAUUCCCAUCGUCAGUCCUAUCCUUGAAGACAUCAAUACCGCCCUCGACGCCAUCGUUCAGGGCCUUGACAAUAUUCUUGGCGGCAUCCUCGAUUUGGUUGCUACUAUUCUCAAGGACUUGGGCAUCAACAUUACACCUCUUCUUAGUGGCCUUCUGCAACUCCUCACCGGUAUUCUGGGCGGUUCGUAACCUCACAAUAAUCACUUAGAAGGUAGUUUUCUUUAAAGUCUCAUUCGAUCCAUGUCGUCAACAAAUCGUCUGUCCAAGUUGUACAUAUCAUUUAAGCGAUUGUUCAUAUCGAUGCACCAC